AUUUUCUUGGGUGAUUAAUACCUGUACUGAUGUCGAAUCAAAUCGAAUCAAAUCAGAUCACACCUUUCCUUUCCUUACUCGUUAUACUAACUACCAUUUAUAGUUCCCCCCUUGGCCCUGGGACUCGGAGUGAUUAAUUAAAUACUCGCUUGUCCCCAGAAAAACAAACUCCAGGAAAUUCCAGCCACACCAAAGCACCGACAGCACGGGCGACAUCCUCAAUCGCUUCGCAGAGCCACAUGGAAAACCUCUCCCUCUCUCGCACACACAGCGCAGAGAACUCGCGAUCAUGGACCUCCCAACACCCACUUGCCUCUUCAGCCAGCGGUUCCACUCCGGCAAGUCGCAAGGCUCGGUCGUCGGAGCCGGAAACAGGUGGCUCCAACGUCGAACGAGCCAGCGUUAGCCUACCACCAAGAGUCAGGCAGUAUCCCGCUAGACGUCCCUCUAAAACAGAGAGUCUUUUCGACACCAUCACUGCCCUGAGAGGCGGCUCUGCCAUUGACGAAGAAUUUGACUCCACCACUCCCACCCUCGAAUCCCUACGUUCCGAGGCCCAUCCCUCCGCAAAGACCCACGCCACCCCAGACUCCUCAGGCCGCACAAGGUCGGACGCAGAUGUCGAGUCCAAUCGCAUGUCAUUUUCCUCUCUGUAUUCACUAGGAUCUGCCAUAAUGAACAACGCUAGGGGAUUGAGCGGUCCCAGUUCGGUCGCGGAAUCAGAGCCAGAGGGUAUUUCUACAAGCAAAGACUUAGGCAAGACUGAUGGCCCUUCGCAAGGCACAACGACUGCCGCAUCUUCUCUCUCGGUCACAACCUCGAGCCACAAUGGCAGUCUCGCUCCAAACGUAUCUCCUACCCAGCUCCUCUUCCCUCCUGGUAGCAAAGAAAGCACCAUCCAUUCCCCGCAGAUUGCUACAAGCCCCACAACGAACAGCAACAACAACAAUUCCACCACCACUACUUCUUCUCAGGCUCAAGCCGGUCAACCAGCUGCUCGUGCCGACAACACACACGCUAGGCGCUCGCGGAGUCGGACAACGGCACAAAGACGGAUCAGUGGAAGUACUGCCGCAAGUAGUCCUGCGAGCAGGGACUUCCGCGAACCAAGGAAGCCAACGAAGGGAAUAAUUGGUGUUUGUGCCCUCGAGUCUAAAGCUCGAAGUAAGCCAGCACGCAACAUCUUUGGCAAACUUGUAGACGAAUUCGAGGUCAAGAUCUUUGGAGACAAGAUCAUCCUGGACGAAGCCGUUGAAAAUUGGCCAGUCUGCGACUUUCUGAUCUCCUUCUUCUCCGAUGGCUUCCCUCUAGACAAGGCCAUUGCUUACGCGCGCUUGCGGAAGCCAUUCUGUGUCAAUGACCUACCAAUGCAACAAGUUCUCUGGGAUCGACGUCUGUGUCUGCAAAUUCUAGAUCAGCUGAAAGUGCCCACGCCGGACAGAGUGGAAGUCAGUCGAGAUGGAGGCCCCAAGCUGGCCUCCCCUGAAUUUGCCAAAAUCCUGCACGACCGAACGGGCAUCACCUUACCUGGAGCUUCUGACGGUACUGGUGGAGGUGUUGCGCCACCGCAACAAGUCGAAAUGUUGGACGAUAAUAACGCUAUUCGUGUCGACGGUGUCGUGCUGACCAAGCCAUUCGUGGAGAAGCCCGUGAGCGGUGAGGAUCAUAACAUCAACAUCUACUUUCACAAGGCAGAUGGUGGAGGUGGCAGGCGAUUGUUUCGAAAGGUCAACAAUAAGAGCUCGGAGAAAGAUGAUACCCUGGAUGUCCCACGAUCUAUCACUGAUCCCACGAGCAGCUACAUAUACGAGCAGUUCCUGCAAGUCGAAAAUGCCGAAGAUGUUAAGGCCUACACCGUUGGACCCAACUUUUGCCACGCAGAGACAAGAAAAUCUCCUGUCGUGGAUGGACUUGUUAAGCGCAACCCCAGCGGGAAAGAAGUCCGUUACGUUACGAAAUUGAGCGAUGCUGAGGCGUCAAUGGCCUCGAGAAUAUCCGAAGGGUUCGGACAGCGCGUGUGUGGAUUUGACCUGCUCCGUUGUGGUGAUCGUAGCUACGUGAUUGACGUCAACGGUUGGAGUUUUGUCAAGGAUAAUGGUGAUUAUUACGACAAAGCCGCGCAGAUUCUCAAGGAGAUGUUCGAGAAGGAAAUCCAGCGCAAACAGCGCAAGAGCACCUCAUCGGCUGUUGUGGACGACGUCAUUGACAUGCCGGAGAAGCACUCUUCUGAAUCGUCACGGAAGAACACAGGUAGCCACCGACAGGCACUGAAAGGUAUCUUCAAAUCACCCAGCAUGUCAAAACUCGCAGGCCAUCAUCCACACAUUCGAUCAGGCCAUAAUUCAGGGAAUGCAACGUCCUCGCCGGAGGGCUCAAUCAGCAAUACUCCGAUUACUGCCAGUCCUAGUUUCGAGAAAUCAUAUGGGAAUAAUGUGACAAGUGCUCCGAGUAUCCCAAGGUCAGAGCCGGAUCUAGUAUUACCUCCUGCCAUCCAAGAGGAUGAUCAGCAAUCAGAGAUUCAACAUUCGCAGUCGGAUGAUCAGGUCAACGUACCGCCGCCAGCCUCCAAAGCGCAGUGGAAGCUCAAAGGAGUUGUGUCCGUCAUUCGACACGCAGAUCGCACACCGAAGCAAAAGUUCAAAUACACUUUUCACACAAAACCUUUCGUCGAUCUGCUCAAAGGCCAUGAUCAAGAGGUUCUGCUGAUUGGAGAAGCUGCCCUGCAGAGUGUUAGCAACGCGGUCAAGGUUGCUAUCAAAGAAGGCGUGGAAGACCCAAAGAAAUUGCGUGAGCUACGGAUUGUUCUUAGUAAGAAAGGAAGCUGGCCGGGCACCAAAGUCCAAAUCAAGCCAAUGUUCCGGAAGAGGAGGAAAGAGGAGAUGCUCCCAGGACAGGAAGUUGAGGACUCCCCGGACAGACAAAGGUCGAACUCUACGGUUGAUCCGGCAGACAUCAAUUUGGCCCAGAAGAGAAGUGAUUCCAUGUCAGGUGUCACGAUGUCCCGUAUUUCGGCGGCUGAGAACAACUUGAUUCUGGACAAAUUGCAGUUGAUUAUCAAAUGGGGCGGAGAACCCACCCAUUCUGCUCGCCAUCAAGCCCAAGACAUGGCAACCAACUUCCGCAACGAUCUGCUGCUGAUGAACAGAGAUGUUCUCGACGAUGUGUCGAUCUUCAGCAGCUCCGAGCGGCGUGUUACUACGAGUGCUCAGAUCUUUGCAGCCAAGUUUCUUGAUAGAGAUCACUUCCCCGACGAGAAUAUCUCGAUCCGGAAGGACCUUCUUGAUGAUUCGAACGCUGCCAAGGAUGUCAUGGACAAAGUAAAGAAGAAGCUUAAGACUCUUCUUCGGGAAGGCGACAAAGCCCCUCCCCAAUUUGUCUGGCCCAAGGACACUCCUGAGCCCGCCGUUGUUGGCAGACAGGUUGUUGAACUGAUGAGGUUCCACCAGCGAGUUAUGAACUAUAACUUUAAAAAGAUCGAAUCCGGUGCAGUCUCAUCCCUACACGCUAUUGCAAGCCCUUCUAAUGAUUCAUCAAAUUCAGGACAACCGCAGGCUUCAUCAAUCGACAAUAUCCAGAAGCGUUGGUGUAUUAGUGGCGAGGGGCCCGAGCUCUUUAGAGAGCGCUGGGAGAAGCUCUUCAAGGAGUUCGGCGAUGCUGAAAAGGUAGACCCAAGCAAGAUUUCGGAACUUUAUGAUACGAUGAAGUUUGACGCACUCCACAACCGACCUUUCCUUGAAUGGGUAUUCACGCCUGAUCAAAAUUUUCUCGACGAAGAAGCAGUAUCGGAGAAUGUAUCGAGGCAGCCAUCGGUGGACAGUCAAAUGAAACGGCCCAUGCCUGCCGAGCAGAUCAAGAACGAGACGAGAGACAUGCCAGCCGAAAAGCUAGUCGAAAAGGGACCGGAGAAAGCUCCCGAACGUGUCAACAUUGCACAGCGCAUGGGCUUCAGGAGGAAAUCCGAGAUUGCCAUUAAGCCUGCUGAGAUUCCUAGCUAUCCGCAUGAAUCGUACUUCAAGCUCUUCACCGGAGCAACCAGCAGCGCAGGGAACAAAGCCCAAGUUGAUGCACGACUGGUUAAGCUUCGCGAGAUGUAUCAUCUUUGCAAAGUCCUCUUCGAUUACAUCGGCCCUCAGGAGUAUGGAAUUGAAAGCGAAGAAAAGCUCGAAAUUGGUCUGCUCACGUCUCUUCCACUUUUGAAGGAGAUCGUAGAAGAUCUUGAGGAGCUGCAGGCUUCGGAUGCGCCAAAGUGCUUCUUCUAUUUCACCAAGGAAUCCCACAUCUAUACUCUACUCAAUUGCAUUCUCGAGGGCGGCAUCAACACGAAGAUCGAGCGCAAUGCCAUCCCCGAGCUUGAUUACCUAUCUCAGAUCGGAUUCGAACUGUAUGAAUCCGAGAACACGACUACUGACAACUCGCCACACACUUUUAACUAUAGCAUUCGCAUCACGCUCUCGCCAGGAUGCCAUGCGUUUGCACCCCUUGAUAUACAACUCGACUCCCGCCACAUGAUCGGCUUCUCCCCACGACGCAGCCUCACCGCCCACCACGAUUGGAAGGAAGUCCUCGAGACCCUUCGUGCGAAGUUCCACACUGUGAAACUCCCCAAAUCGUUCGUCGCCAUCAAUCUCAGCGAAAAGAUGCCCGACGUCUUCGGUCUCGACCAGGAGCGGGAGAAAGAUGCAGCCGCCGCCGCAGCGUCAAAAGCCGCGCAGGACAGUUUCGAAACGCCGUUGCCGAGUCCUGGCAUUGACAGCAACAACAACAACGCCACGAAGCAGUUAGCUUCGGAUGUACAGAGCAAGCCCAUGGAAGAUGUACAGGAAUAGACUAGACAGUCAGCGCCGAUUAUGUUUCAUGCAUAGCAUGUUAUCAAGCUUCGUAUAUACUUAGCGGUGGAUAGGCAGGUUGUGCCAUGACGAGAAGUGGAUAGAGAAUUCCUAGAGACGUAGACAUACGCUUGAAUAGAUCAAUGCCUGUAUCGAU